UUGCUUGUGUGUUGAGACCCCCGAGUGCCCCGACGGGCAGGCCCAAGGUUCGUCGCUGGUAGUCUUGCGUAGGAAGGGAGGCCCUUCUCGGGUCAGCCACUACUAAACUAAACUAAAGCGAAGCCACAGCCCUCGCCAAAUUUGGUGUCGUCGUAGCCCCGCGAUCAGGGUGGCUCCGGGCCACUCAAGAGAACAACUUUGUCUUAGACUCCACAGCCUUAGUGCUCAUUCAGGAAGCUCCAAACAGCGCCUCCUCGUCGGCGUUUCGCCGUGCUCCAGGGUCCUGCUCUUGUCCGUCUGCACCGCUCCGCCGCCAUGGGUACGACGAGGCGGCUGCUUUUGCACGCGAUCGCGACCGCGGCCGCGGCGCUGCGACCGGGCGCGCCGCACGCGCGCGUGCUCUUCUGCCUCGGAGGGCCCGGCGCGGGCAAGGGCACGCAGUGCGCACGACUGGAGCACGAGUUCGGCUGGGCGCACGUCUCGGCCGGCGAGCUGCUGCGCGCCGCGCGCGCCGGCGGCUCGGAGGAGAGCCGCGUCAUCGCGGACUGCCUCGACCGCGGCGCGAUCGUGCCCGUCGCCGUGACGCUGCGGCUCCUGCGGCGAGCGAUCGACGAGGCGACGAGGCGCGGCGCGCCCGUAGUUGUGGUGGACGGCUUCCCGCGGAACGCGGACAACGUGGAAGGCUGGGAGGCGGACGCCGCUACGAAAGGACUUGACGUGCGCGGCGUGUUGUUUUAUGACGUGCCCCACGAUGUUCUCCUUCAACGCAUCGCGGUGCGCGGCGCGAGCGGCGAGCGCGACGACGACGACGCAGAGACUGCGCGGCGGCGCAUACGAGUCUACGAGGAGGCGACGCGGCCCAUCGUGGAUCUGUAUGCGCGGCGCGGCGCGCUGCUUAGCGUCCGGGGCGAGGGCGACGUCGAGGAAGUAUGGCGCCUCACGAAGGAGGCGCUCGCGCCGCUCGUCGGGGCCCAGGAGGGAGUUUAAACCCGACGUUCGUCAA